CUUGAAUACGCUUGCAACACUAACUUACUUGCCUGUGCUUGUUCUGAUAUUGUAACUAUCUGUCAAACUACCUUUGCCAACAGUGUAGCGAAUUAGACGAGUUAAGUACUUCGGUUCUGUUGGCGGCUAUUGAGACACAUGAUGAGUAAAAUAAUGAAAGUACACCUCGGGGCGUGCAAAGUUGGACCUGUCAGCUCAUCCAUAGCUAGCUAAUGGUGUCAGGAAAAACACGCCUUCUGUAACACAACUCCCAUCUAUUUCCCCACUGAGGAAUCUGCCAUAUAACUUCAAAUUGUGCGUCAACAAGACAAUCCACCGAAGAAUUUAGAGAUGGAAAACGAAACCUCUGAGUGACCCACCACCAUACCAGUUUUCACAGUGCAGUGUUGGUGGGAUGGCAUCCAAGCUGUUGGACAGACUUCGACGCACACUGUUCAAAGAAGGGGAGAUACCCUCUGAGACUGAAGGUAUCGAUGACUUCCCAGAGAGCUCUGAACUUGAAGAUGAUACUGACUGUGUCUCUGCAAGGCUGGGAGGAACCCUCUGCUUUGAAGGUGAUGGUGCUCUGGAGUCUGAGGAUGCUGGAGAAGGUUCCGGGGCUGAGAGUGAUUCCGAUUUCCUGGGAGAGUCCAUGGAUACCGUUUGCAGCAGCACAGACACUAGUCCCGUGGGCCUGUCCCCAAAGGGCUCGUCGAUGCUGACGCGCCAACUGCAGGAGAGCGUGCGGAGUUUGCGAACCCGCAUCGUGCCCGAGAGACUGGUUUUCGAAGUAACUGAUGCCAGUGUGAUCCAAGAGGGCAAUUCUAAAUAUGUGCUCUACACCAUUCAGGUGGUCCAGUCCGGGACGUUUGACAAGACCCCGGCACUUAUCACCCGCCGCUAUUCCGACUUUGAGCGCCUGCACAGUUGCUUGCGCCGUCGCCACGGAGACGAGAUGGAGGGUGUGUGCUUCCCGCGCAAGAAGCUUCGCAAGAACUUUGUGGCCGAAACCAUCGCCAAACGGAGCCGGGCGUUUGAGCAGUACCUGUCCCACCUGCACUCCCUGGCUGGCCUCCGGCGAUCACCUGUCUUCCUGGAGUUCUUCUACCUGGGCGACCUGAGGGCUGGGCAGAUGCUGAUACGUGUGGGCCGCUACCAGGAAGCCCUGGGUGCCUUAGUCAAUGCACUGAGGCUCCAGGAGAAACUGGGAUGUCAGCAGAUACUGCAGCAGCAACAGCAACAACAGCAGCAACACCAGCAACACCACCACCAGCACCAGCAGCAGCAGCAGCAGCAGCAGCAGCAGUACAGCCCGCAGGGUGUUCACUGGAUCUUCAACCUGUGUGCUCUCUUGAGCUGCUUCCAGGAGCUGGAUCAGCUGGAGGAGGCUCAGGAUCACUGUGACCGAGCCCUGAGGGACAUAGCCCCUUCCCAGGAGUCUUUGCAGCAGCGGCAGCAGCAACAGCAGCAGCAGCACUUCCACCCUCUGCUCAUCCCACUCUUGCAGUGCAACGUCAGGCUCUCUUGGAAGAUCUCCAAGGACAAACGACAGUGGGAGGCGCUACUCCUGGAGAUCCAGGACCUGGGAGUGGAUGUGGGGAAUCACCCGCCGCUCAAGGAGUACCUGAUCAAGGAGGUCCUGGAGGACAGCGAAGGGGACGCCAAGUCCAAAGUCAGAGGGGAUGACGUCACUUAAUCAUUUACUUGAAGGUGCACACUGUGUGAUUGCUGUGAGGGUGUGGAUUUUAAAGUGCAUUGUUGUCUUCAUUUCAAAGACUUCUACCUGCACACACUCCAGCAACUGAUUUUUACUGCGUGUACCCCAAACCUCUGAGGCCUUUUUCUGAGUGCUUUUGACAAGUGCAACAAUUAGAUAUGCUGGCUGCACGUUAUAUCAGUGAUGCUAUUUUCAAGUAGAUGCAGUCAAAUGUAGGCAAGUAUCAUUUCAAUAAACUUUGUCUUGUACAAAGCUAGAUUAUAUAUUUAGCUUUUUUUGCUUCUAAUUAUACUAGGUCACAAAGUCGUAAACAGCCUAGAUUUUGUUUUGUUGUUUCUGAGAAAGCAUACUUUUAUAAAAUCAGUUGUAAACAGUUUAAUUCUGAUUUAGAGGAAAAUGUGUAUCUAAGUGCUAUGAAUUCAACCCUUGACCCUUGAAAUAGGAGGCAUAAGUUAUUUUUAUAUCGGUGAAAAUCUGUUUGCCUGACUCAACCCUAUGAAACAUACUGCAAUUCAGUUUGAUUACCUGUGAAGGAACUUAAAGGGCCCAUAUUUAUUGAAAUCUUAAUAGUGAAAAAUAUUUCUGUCAUCGUUGUGUUUUGUGUUUACUUUGCUGUUUUGGUCAUUUUGUUUGUGUUGUCUUGGUGUUUUGACUGACUUGCACAUUUUUAAACACACUAUAUUGGAGCAUGCUGAUUUUACAGACCCGGCAUGUUCUGUUUGUUACAGUUUUUACUUUAGACUCAAAUGUAUGGCUUAACCUGUGGAACACGGAUGAUUUCCUUUCUUCACCGACCUUUCGAAGGAAAACUACCACUCAGUUUAUGAGUUCUCUUAAGUCUGUUUAGAUAUAGAUUUUUAUGGUGCAAAACUGAUCACUCCCAGAGACCUUUUAAAAAGUGCCUUUGCACAGGCCUGCCUUAUGUUUCUGAUGUGAGUGGAAGUCUAUUGUACGCUGCUCCCUUAAAUAUUUUAUACUAGACACUUGGAUGGAAUAUUUUCAUAUAGAAGUACUGUUUGAGAUGCAUGAAUGUGUGGAUUUGUAAAAGGGACUUGAUACUUUUAGAGGAAAUAAACGUUUCGAAAUAUG